AUUUGAAAAACAUAAUGGCGGACUUCCUGGAAGAAGUUUGAGUAAAAGGGUGGUCAUUUUCUCUUAUUUUAAAGCAUAGCGAGUAUGCCUGGUAGCGAUAGGAAAAAUCGUAGGUGUCGAAGUAGGAGCAGAUCUCGUUCUUCUGGUCGAAAACGCAGAAGCCGUACUCGUUCGCGAUCUCCACGACGCAGGCACAAAGAUCGUUCAUCUUCGCCAGCAGAUCGUACUCGGGAAAAUGUUGUAGCGAAAAAGAAGACUGUCGACAGAGAAGAGGAGAAACGAAGUAAAAGGUAGGUUAAAGGUUUGAAAAUUAUAUUUCAUGUUUAUAUCCCACUAGCGAGGAACAUUUUUGUCUGAUUACACAAUGGAAACAUUUUGUUGUUGUCGAGAAGAACGUUCCAUAAAUAUAUUGUAUAAGGCCACUUCCAUGCAUCCAUUAGAUCUCAACAGAGCCUUUAGUGUCAUCCCUAUUUCAUCAAAGUUUUCCCGCAAGGUGAACCAUACUGACAUACUGCUCUGUAGAAUUUUCAUAAUAUUCCUGCCUUUUGUGGUGUCAUUUGAUGUAACCCCUUUAUGUUCCAACAUCAAAAUACAGAAUCUCUGUAUCGUUUUCUUUACAUUUGCUAUAGUACUGACAAGUAGAAUUUGUUUAACUAUUAAGACCUUCUUUAGUCAGUGGUCAUUUUCUUUAAUCUCAUGACCUUAAUGUUUCAUACAGGGGUGAUGUGGUAAGGAGAAAUUAGAUUCCAGUCACUCUUUGGGAUCAAAGGAUUAAAGCUGUUCUUUGUGUGAUAAUUUAUUGAUUUAGAACAUGUGUUUGUAUUUUGAAGGAAAGAAAAAGAACUUUUGAAAGCACUGGAAACACCUGAAGAGAAACGAGCAAGGAGACUUGCCAAAAAGGUAAAACACUAUCUUCACAUAACUGUAUUUCUCUGAGAGCAACUUGAGAAAGGGGUAUAGAACAUACACCUUCUCCUGAUGCUAUCUGAUUAUGUUUUCUUGUUGGAGAGAUGAUUUACAAUUAUUUAUACUUUGAUUACUAUUUCUCCCAACAGGAAGCAAAAGAGAAAAAGAAAAAGAAAGAAAUGGGAUGGGAUGAUGAAUAUCUGGUAAUUUUUCCCUUAACCUUUUAACUCUUGUGAGUGACCAAGAAAUAAUUUCUCCCUACAAUAUCAAUAUAAUAGCAACCAGAUAAGUGAUGAGAAUGAAGAAAAAUAUCAAUUUGGGGAUAAUUAAUUACUCCAAUACUAAAUUUUCUAAACUAACAUUAUAAGAAUUGUAUGGUGGACAGUAAGGAGGAUUACAAAUUUGAUCUGGGAGUUAAAGGGUUAAGAGACUGCAGGCUCACCAUGUCCAGGAUGAAAUUUCCUGAAAAUGACAAUGAUACAGUGACUAAUGUCACAUUUUUAAAAGGGUUGGGUUGUUGAUAAAUUUAAUGUACAGAAGGAACAAAAAAUUUGCAAACAAAAAUAAACACGAGAACAAAACAACACAAACAGAGGUGUUUGUACACUUAAAAUUAGAGAUGUUUUGAACAGGAAAUUUCAUGUGUGAUGUGAUUGUUCUUUCCUUUGUUGUUUUAUUACAGUAUAUGUAUCAUUUUGCUGUUUUUGUUCUCAGGGAUAUACAAACACUGAUAAUCCAUUUGGAGAUGCUCAUUUGCUUGAAACUUUUGUAUGGCAAAAGGUACAUGUAUUUUACCAAUUUUUCUUCACUCUACACUUGAAUCUAUUUAUCCAUACUUUAAUCAUUUUUUAUAUUAGAGUAGUGGUAUCUCAUAUUACCAAAUUAAAUAUUUAGUGUUAGUAAAUACCACACACAUGCAAAGCAUGCACCUUACGGCUACAAUUCAGAUGUAGCUUUUAAAUUGGCGUAUAAUAAUUUAGGAUCAAUAACAAGUAUCUGGGCAACUGCCCACCUACCCCUACCCCUCCCCAAACCUGAAAAAAAUUGAUUGAUAACAAGUUAGAGUUGAUGUUGGGUUAGGGAAGGGGUAGGUGGGCAGUUGCCCAGAUACCAAUAUUGAUCCAUAAUUAACUGUUGGUGACCAUUGUCUGCCUCCAAGGUAUAGAAGGGUGAUAUGGGAAUUUUUUCUUAUUUUGGGCCCUGGUAUAAGCAUAAGGCAAUUUGUCAGAAAAGUUUCUCUGUUCAAAAGGUUUGGCUGGAGAAUGCCACUGAGGGGAGUGUGUUUUGGGUUAGAACACAGCAUAAUCAUAUGUACUGUAUAUUGGAACCAAGUUAUUACCUCGAACCUUUUAAUAUGGAGUCCUGUACACUAACAAUUAAGCCACUGUUUUUAUUACAUGCAACUUACUGUGAUCUGCAGAAGAGAGAAAAGGAUGGAGAACAGCAUUUAAAAGAAGAAGAGCAAAGAAGAAGAGAAAAGCUAAGACAACAUGAAGCUAAGGUAAAGAUGCCAUAGUUAGCCAAAAGACUGAAUUGUUCAAUUCUAGAAAGUACAAUUAAAUUUAUCUUGUUAACCCUUUAACUCCCAGAAGUGAUUAACAAGUAACUUCUCUCUAUUAUAUCCAUACUUUGUCCAGCAAAAGGGUAAAAGAGGGUAGAAGUUGUUAUCUUGAUCUAAUACCAAAUUCUUGUAACUAAUUUGCAAGGAAGUGUAUAGCAGCUAAUGGAGAGAAUAAACAAUCAGAUCUUGGGAGUUAAAGGGUUAAGGAACAAAGUAGUGCAUUUUAAGAAGCAAUUGACUUCAUUUUAGAAGGUAAAAGCAGAUAUUUUCUGCACCCGGAUUCCAAGUUGUAUUUUUUAAUGCAGUGUUGGUGUAGUGCUCAGCCCCCUCUUUGAAAAUAAAUAGAAAAAACCUCAUACUUUAUGUGAGAUAUCAACAGAAAGAGACAACUUAUCAUUCCUUUAACAAUUUGAAUGAUAGAACCAUCUGAAACUCAAGUUAAGGUAGCAGGUCAGAAUCAAAGUGCUUUUAAAAUUACUUGUACAUGCUGUCCAGGGAUAUAGGACAUUUUACGUAAAGGACAUUUUGCAGCAUUUAUAGGUUAGGGAGUAUCCCACUCCAUCUGUUGUAGUAAUUGGUCAGUUUUUGUAUGCUGAAAACAAAUGGAAUCAAUGCUGUCUGUUAGAACUAAUUUAUAGUAACUCUGGAGGGUCCUUGUAGUAUUUGGUCUGACAAGAAUUGUUAGUAUUAACCUUCAAAUUGUUGUAAUUGAAUAUAAUAGCAGUUGAAAAAAUUAUCAACCUUAAACCUGGUAUUAAAUGUAUUUUGAAUAAGUCAUGAAAACAGAUUUUUUGCAACUUUACUUUAAAAAGUUUUUUUUUUUCAUUGUGAUGCUAUCUAUUGAAUGCCUUCUAUUUUCAAUUGUUUUGUAGAGAGAACUGGAAAAAGUGAAAAAGCGAAGGAUUGUAAGUGUCAUUAUUACAUCAAAUUGUAUUUAAAUACUGUUAACAAACUGAUUGUAAGUGUGUGGUACUGAUUUUACACUGUACAAAGUUAAGAAUAUAUGAUAACCAGAGAUUCUGGACAUUUUAAUAACAGCCUAAAUAAAGUGCUAGGAAGCUUCAACUGUAUUUUUUGUCCUCUCAAGGAAAGGGAACAUGAAAAGCAGAUGCGAGAGGAGGAAAGGGUAAGAUAAUUAUUAGCUAUAAUGGCAAGAACCAUGAUUUCCUGGCAAUUCUUUGGAUUUAUGUGAUGGAAUAACAAAAAGAUGCAUACACAUAAUGUGGUUAAAAUGCAUUUUCAUACUCUCGAAACAUUACAUUUUGAUUCAAACACAUCUUAGGAAACACUUCAAAGGGAUAAAGAAGCAAUGUCUUUUAAGGAGUGGGAAGAGCAGGAGGAUAAGGUAUAUAACAUGUAAAUUUAAUGAUGCAAUUGCAUUGUAUAAUAGUUUUAAAGUAUUAUUAUGAAUAAUUCAGUUAUAACUUUUUGUGGGUCUUGCGGGUUUGAAGUUAUAUAGUUUAGCUUCAAAAUGAUAAUUAUUAAAUAAAUAUUGUUUUUCUUAAGAACAACGUGUACUUUUAUCUGUCACUUGUUUGUUUCCUCUGAUGCUUAAAAUGCACCUCUUCAACUAAUAAGAUUAAAAUGACAAAAAAGUGAUUUUUGAUUUGUUUUUUGUUAAAAGAGAAAAAAACACAAAAAAAGAAAUUUCCAAAGUUUUAGAAACAUUUUUUUGGCUAUAGAGCUGUUACAUUUACCUAUUCAUUGGAAAGGGCUAAACCUCUCAGCCAGCACAUGCUACUCCCUUGCUGUAGUCCUGGCUCAUUUGCAACCAAUUUCCAUUACAUUAUUAGGGAAACAAGUGCUAAGCACACCAUCAAGGUGAUUUUGUUCUCAAGAAAAUGUUGAAUUCAGUGUUCUGUUUCUUCAUGGUUGGCUGACUUUUGCUUAUUAUCUUUCUUGUAUUUGAAAAUAGUUUCACUUGGAACAGGCAAAGAUGCGCUCAAAAAUUCGCAUUCAGGAUGGAAGAGGUACUGUGCAAUCAUAUAUUAAAUGUAAAUAGCUAUAAUUAUAGUGACUUAAUUUAUGAGGCAAUAAAUACUUUUGCAAAGCUGUGGGCUGUAGUAAAAAAAAAAUAAUAAUUUUGGUUACAUGCACAUGCGCCGAGUUAUACAGUGUAAUCUUUAUACCUAACCAAACAUUAAAAGAUGAAAAUAGAAAGAGAGAACUGGUUAGUUUAUACUUUAAGUUAUAGUUAAAAUGGUUAAUGGCAGUAGUUGUGGCAGUUCAGUGGCUUUUGUAUGCUCCUUUGAAAUAAUUGCUUUGGUAAGAAAUUUUAUAGUUCAGUGGCAUGCUAUUUAUGAUAAAAAGGAACAGAGCUACUCCAUCCCUCUGUUUCCCCUUGUAUCAAUCAUCUCAAAACUCAAAACCAUCUCAAUUAGGGGGCAAGUAGUUUAAAAGGUUUGCCUGAUGGGCAACAUGCUCUGUUUGAAAUGUCACAGUUCCCUUUAAGUUUUUACUCUAAUUACCCUUAUAUGCUUGACUCCCCUGAAACAGAAGAACACUCUGUUCCUUGAUUGCAUGACUUCUCUUGUCUUGUUUUCAGCCAAACCCAUAGAUCUGCUGGCACAAUAUGUCAGUACCGAAGAUAAUGACUUGGAAAUUCAAAUGCAUGAACCUUACACAAUUCUAGUGGUGAGCAGUGUUGAUGGUUUUGAUUUGUUUUGCUAUGUAGUAAAAUGGAUUUUGAUAGUCUGUUAAUUUGAAAUUAAAUGGUAUCUAAGUAUUCUUAUGCAGCAUUCAUCAUCUGCUCUGUGCCUAAUAUUUGCCUUGCUUAUUGUGAUAAGAAAUUUUUUUUUUUUUUUAGUGAUUUGUUGUUAUAAUUUACAAGUCAAGCUAAGCAACACUCAAACACAAUGUGUACAUGCAAAUUAUACAAAUUAUAAUAUUAUCAUGAUCAUUUGACAGGAGGUAGUUGACAUCAAGCCUUCUUUGAAGAGAAACUAUGGCCUUGAAUUUGCCAACAAGUUCUCCAAAACCUACAAGCCCCCUUGAAACCUUGAUCAAAUAUUAUUUUAUAAAUAUCUUUUUGUUGUUGUUGUUGUUGUGGCUUAUGACAAUCAGUUGAUUCAAAUUAAAUUUCCCAUUUCAACUUUCCUAACUUUUCCUUCAAAACUCUGAAUUCAGGAAGUAAUUUAAAUUUAUAAUGUUUUACAGGAAUCAUAUUUCCUGACCAUUUGAAAAUUUGGUAUCAUUACUUUUUUUGUGCCUUUGCAGGGACUCACAAUAGAUGAUCUGGAGGACUUGAUGGUAGAUAUUAAGGUGUACAUGGAGUUGGAGGAGGGGAAGAAUGCAGAAUUUUGGAUGGUAAAAUACUAAACAAAGUGCUUGUCUUCUUUUUUUUUAUACCUGCUCAAAGACAUUCCUUUUUUUGUGAGAUUAUUUUGACUUAAACACAAAAUUUCAAAUUGGUGAGCCUAGUGAUAAUUUUUUGCAGGACAUGACAGUUGUUUGUAAAGAUGAGCUUCAAAAAUUAAAGAAAGAAGAUCCAAGGUACAGUGGUAAGUUGAAGUCAUAAUCAUUUUUUAAAUUCAUUCAAAAAUGUCAAAACACGAGAAUUUUUUAGCAGGGUUUGUUUCCUACAUUCAGCAUCUAAGAGAACUUUUUUAUUUAAGUCUGGCCAUAGCACUUUUACAAUUUACUGGAUGCUGUGUGAAUCAAGAUGAAAAUAUUACACAUCUACUCAUUUCAAAUCUCUUCUCUGGUGGUGAGGCAUUGAUGAAGAAAUAAUUUUGCUAAUGAUAUAUCCUGUCAUUCUUAUUGCAGAACAUAUGGAUCGACGAGAGAGUAUAAAUGCCUCUGUCAAUAAAGAUGUAACAAACAUUUUUGGUGGAAAAACUUACAGUCAGCUUUUAGCUUUGCAAAAGCAGAUCAACCAAAAGAUAGCAAGUGGAGAUGCAGUGGAUAUAGGUAUAAUUACUUUAUACAUGUUUUAGAUUCUGUAAAACUGAGAUAUUGAGAAACCAAUUUUUAAUUAAUAAUUAUAAAUCAAAUCCAAAGUAAUCAAAGUAGCCAAUUGGAGCAAAAAAUAUCACUAGGAGCCAAUUACAGGACAAAGUAAAGGAAACCAAAUGCAUGCAUUCUCAUGAUGAUUGACACUGAGUAUUGGGUUAUUGACUUUGAUUGAUUGGCACUGAUUUGAAAUUGUUUAUCCACGUAUGUAUAAAAUAAACCUUAGUCUUCUUUCAUACACAUGGGUUUAUUACAGAGAGGGAAAAUGCCAUGUCACAAGCCCAGGAAAUGGCAGUGAAGGGAAACUUUAAAAAGGGUAGCAGUCAAAGUAUUGAAACUGAAAAAUUGCAUUUGGUUCUUUUACUUGCAGGUUAUUGGGAAACUUUACUGCAUCAGUUAAAGGCACAUAUAGCAAGAGCAAGGCUGAGGGAAUUUCAUCAAACAAUGCUAAGGAAAAAGUUAGAUGAACUGAAAAAACAGGUAGUGUCAAAUGAAUAGGUUCCCGAGGAUCAAAUGAAGCUUCUUGCUUUCUUCAGGCAGUGUUCUGUGUAACUGCAGUAUUUUAUAGUACUAGUUCCACUGCAAAUAUGGCAUGUUAUCACUGAUUGUAAUGCUAGAAGCCAGUCAAGAAAAUUCAAUGUCUUAUGCUCUGAUCACUUAUGAAAUGUCAUUUAGUAAGUAAAACUUUUUAGGAGUAAUGGUCUGGGGAAAUCUUAUGAUAGGUUGAUCAAUGUAAUUGAAACUGUCAAGCUGGAGAGUGUAAGGAGAUUUGCUUAUUCUAAGGACUAGACAUCUAUUUUGUAAGUACUAAUUUUAUGAAACAUCUCAUUUCUCUACACUUGUCAGAAAUUGGAGAUGGCUAACCAGUCAAAAGAUGAAAGCUCUGAGUCAGAACAAGGAUCUGAUGAUGAAGAAAGAGGUAACAAAUCAGACUCUAAUACAGAGCCAAAUGAAAACCCUGAUCAUGGCAGUGAAGCAAAAGAAUCUGCAGAACAAGAGAAAGUGGCAGCAACUGGAGGGGCAGAGACAAAUGCAAGUGUUUACACAGAACUGGAUCUUACAGAGGAAGGUACAAUACUCAAAACAUUUUCAGAUAAAUAUUUUAUGAAGUAAAUUUCUUAGGCUGUUGUUUACUUUGAUUAUUCCUGUCUGUAUAAAAUUAAUCUGAGGGUUUCUUUCCACCUUUAGGUUAUACAGCAUAUGAUGCAGGCAAUUACAGUCCCAGAUUGUUGAAGUUUCAAGACGUUGAAGAGGUGACUAAUAUUUGAAACUCAGUUUACUAUCUUGUAAACAUACAUGUAGCUUCAUAAUUCUCUGCCUGGAUUUAAGUGGCCAACAUAUAAUUUAAAUUCACUGGUUAAAGUUGAACUUUUUCUCAUCAACUGUGUAGGGUAUGAUUGUUGAUCCAACAGAGGAUUGGGAGCAACUUGUAAGUAUCUGAGAACUUUUUAAGUUAUUUUGUGCUGCGUGAGAUUUUUUUUUUUGCAGUACAGUAUAAAGAACAAGACAUAUGCUAUUUGGAUAUUAUUUGAAACAUGCUGAGAGCAAUCCAAUUUCAUUACAAUUAUUUAGAGUAAUUAUUUUCAGGUGAAUUUAUUAAUAUAAAUCAUGGUAAGGUUAUAUAAUUAUAAUCAUGUAGUUUAGUUUUUCUCUCAGUAAGAAAAAGCCAGUGUCUUUUUCAAUCAGAUACAGUGUUUAUUAUGGUAACUCUAGGAAAUACACUGUAGAUGUUUUGUACUGUAUAAUAAGGGCUUGAUCAUUGUCAUUAUCAUCAUCAUCAUCAUCAUCAUCAUCAUCAUUGGAUGGUAUAAUUGUUAUAAUUUUAAUGAUCAUUACCAUCACAGUACCACUUACACCAUCACUAUGAUAUCUAUAAUACUUUUUGUUAUGUGUAAUCAUUAUUUUAACAAACUACGUGAUUGUAUAUUGUAAGAAUUAGAUUAAAUAUGAUUAAAAUUCAGUACAAAACAUAUUUUUCAGAGGUAUUAUAAGAAAAUGUUUAAGUUCAGCAACACGUCACAUUGCAUUUUAGGAAAUAUUAAGACAAGAAGUCUCAAGUGGCGGAACAGCAGAUGUGGUGAGUGUCUAGUAAAUCCUUCCAGUCAGUGCUUAAUUCCUAAAAUUUGCUCUUAAAAUUAAUUUUAGCUUUAUUAUUAAUUAGGUUCCUAUUGAUUUCCAGGUGAGAAAUUAACUAUUUCAGUCAAUUUACAGUUACUAAUUGAAGGCAACAAAAUUUAUAUUUCUUUUAUUUGGUAAAGGACAAGAGUGCAGCAUCAGCAGGAAUGGUUGCGGCAGAAGCUAGUAAAGGCAUGGGGGCUGAUGAAGAAUCAUUUAAUGUUCCUGUUCCUGUCACGCAAAAGGUUAGAGAUGCCUGUGUACAUAAAGGGAUAAAAAUGAUGCAAGUGUGAUUUAACUGGCAAUAGAGAGCUCUGUUUCAGAUUUCUCCUGAUCACAGUGGUGAAUAUGAUUAUUUUUUUCCACAGACAUACCUAUGGUCAGACAAGUACAGACCCAGAAAACCAAGAUUCUUUAACAGAGUUCACACAGUAGGUUUCAAGUGUAAUUGUUUCUUUUUGACUUAUGCUAAUCAUUACUGACAUGUAUUUAUAAAAGUUAUCAGUAAUGCAUUGUUUUUGCAUGAGUUCUUUAAAUACUGUAGUUAUUCGGUUAUAAGGUGCACUCGGCUAUAGGACGCACCCCCAAUUCGGCAACUUCAUUAUUGCAUGUUUUCAAACUGAAAAUAUCGCUAAAAUACUUGGUUAUAAGGCGCACCGUUGUUUGGGGAGUAAAGAUCGGUCAAGUUUAUUGUAAAUUCUUUCAUAAACUUACAAAAAAGCAAAAAAGUCGCGUAUUGAUUUUAGUUUACCGUUAAUUAACAAAAGCAGAAUUGUCGCACACGCGACCACGCGCACAAACAAAAAAAUUACUGAGCACGUGCUCUCGAGCACGUAUCAUAUCUAUGCAAAUUUGACUUCGCUCGUCUUUUCAGAACCACCAUAUUUAUAAAAGUCAAUGACCAACACUGUGUCCUUUUAUUUUCUUGAAUUCGUACCAGUAACUGUGAUAAAAAAAAAAUUGUUUCGGGAAAAUAUUCGCCUAUAAGACGCACCCAAACUUUGGCGGUAAUUUUUAGUAGAAAUUAGGAAUUUCUUGAAAAAAACGGUGUGCCCUAUAACCGAGUAACUACGGUACAUCUCUUCAUUGGUGAUGUGGUUGCCCAAUAGUCAGAAUAUUGAACUCUGGGUAUUGUAUUCCAACUGUGAGCAGCAGCCAGGUCAAUGUGUUUUUGUGCAAGACACGUCACUCUGACUCACAGUGCCUUAAUCCACCUUGGAAUAGAAAUGAGUAUGGGUACCACUGAACUGUCAGCGAAGUCUGAUGAAAUGCAGGGUUGUUAUCUGCAAUGGACUGGCAUCCAAUCUUGGGAGAGUGACGAUUAAUACAAUGUAUUGACUCAUAGUCAGUUUGUUGCACAAAAACUACGAUGAUGUUAAACUGCCAUUGUGAGGACACCCAGCACAAGAGUUGAUUUCAGUAUUUCUAGACUUAGAUUUCUUCUCUGCUUUUUAACAGGGAUAUGAAUGGAAUAAAUACAAUCAGACUCAUUACGAUAGUGAUAAUCCACCACCCAAGAUUGUGCAAGGAUACAAGUUUAAUGUAAGUUCUUACUGUUUUUGUGAUCAGUGUCAAGAGGGUCACAUGCUUAUAGUGGAAGAACAUUUGUUGAAUCAAAUCAACCUUCUUAGAGAGAAUUCCUUGGGCCCACUGCUUGGGUAAAACUGCAGUUUGGGUUAGAUCUUGUGUAAAUAACUGGCCCUUUGAGUUUAAUUUUUUUUUCCUGGACAGAUAUUUUAUCCUGAUCUUAUCAAUAAACAAGAAGCACCAGAAUACUUUUUGGUAGGUCACUUAACAGUUUCUUGAAUUCUCUCUUUUUAGUUUAUAUUUUCAAAAGGUGGUCAGGAACUUGUGUUAUUUUAAAACCAUGAUGACAAUCUCCAUAUCAUAUAAUUUGAAUAAACUAUUCAUAAUUUAUUCAAUUGAAGAGUGUUGAUAUCUAAAGAUUAUAAUCAGGAAACUAGAUGCUGUUGAAUUUCAUAUUUUUUUUACAGAAUUUAUUUAAACUAAGUCUAUAAUUCUUAUUGUCUCAUUUUUAAAAUAUGCAAUAUGAAUUUAUAUGGAUUUGCUUACUCUUUCAGGAACAAAGUCCAGGAGAUUCAAAAGACUUUGCUAUUCUCAGGUUUCAUGCAGGACCCCCAUAUGAGGUGAUUUAUGACUUCUCUAUGAACAAUUUGUCAUUCCAAUAAUUUUGUUGAUAAUUUUAAUAAUCUGCUCUUUAUGUAAUAUUUGUUUCUCUUCCAACAUAGGAUAUUGCCUUCAAGAUUGUCAACCGCGAAUGGGAGUAUUCUCAUCGUCAUGGAUUCCGCUGCCAAUUUCAAAACAAUAUUUUCCAACUCUGGUUUCAUUUUAAGAGAUAUAGAUAUCGAAGAUAGCAGGCACCCCAUUUUUGUCUUUUUCUUUUAGAUGUCGUAUUAGCACUAAUAACCUGUCACAUUUUUCUUUUAGCAUUGUGAACAUUUUCUUUCAAGCGUAAUAAAUACAACAAACUGAACAAACUUGUAAAUGAAGUAACAUCAUUGAUUAAAUACUCUCAUGUGGCCACUUCAUGCUUGUGUGCGAACGUUAGUCAUGGAUGUAUAGUUUAGUAAUUGAAUU